AUGGACAUCCACAUGAUGCAGGAGGAGGACAAAGGGGAGUUCUACGAAAUGAGUAGAACCCGUCCGCCCUAUGGCAUCUCGUUGGUCAUGAUGGGGUUCCUCUCCGUUGCCACAUUCAACGGCGUCGACAUCCUGAUCAAAGCAUACUUCACCUUCCGCCGGCGCUCAGGCCUUUACUUUUGGUCCAUCGUUCUCGCAACCUUCGGCAUCUUCCUUUACGUCAUCGGCUUCAUCAUAAAAUACUUCAUCACGCUCGACAGCACGCGCUGGAUCGGGCUGGCGCUCAUCAUCACUGGGUGGGUACCCAUGGUCAGCUGCCAGUCGCUGGCCCUAUACUCGCGCCUGCACCUCGUCAUCCGCGACGAGCGCAACAGGAAGCUCCGAUUCGUGCUGGGCAUGAUCAUCGUCGACGCCUUCUGCUUCCACAUCCCGCCGUGCAUCCUCAUCUUCCUCGCCGAGACGAACCAAUACCGCGCCGGCAUCUACAUGGACUACGAAAAGAUCCAAGUCACCGCCUUCUCGAUCCAAGAAGUCAUCAUCUCAGGCAUCUACAUCUACGAAGCCUGCACCAAAAUCCUCAAGCCCAUCCCGGAAAUCCCAACCGCCGCACCACCCCCCGGCGCCGCACCAACCACCACCCCUACCCCAAACACCGCCCUCCAAUCCCAACAAUCCUCCACCGGGACAACCACCACGACCACCACCACCUCCGCCUCAAUCGGCACCCCCUUCACCGGCGGCGUCGGCGACCGCAACACGCUGCGCAGCAUCCGGCGGCACCUGAUCUACGUCAACAUCGUCGUCGUGGCGCUGGACGCGACGCUGCUGGGCACGCAGUUCGCGAACUUCUACCGCGUGCAGACGACGUACAAGCCGUUCGUGUACUCGAUCAAGCUCAAGCUCGAGUUCGCCAUCCUCAACCGCCUGGUCGCUGCCGUGCGCGGCGGCAGCAAGUUCAGCCUGCCCGGCGAGAGCGAUGAUGUGUCGUGGGUCGCGCCGGACUGGGGUGUGGGUGAGGGGGCGGGCAGUUUUGCGGGUGGGGCGGGCGUGGUGCAGAUGAAUUCGUUUCAGUUGCCGCAGCAGUCGGCGGCGACGGCGGCGGCCGCGGGGGCGGCGGUGACGGGUAGUGGUGGCGUAGCGGGAGGAGGGGGCGGAAGGGACGAGGAGGAGGCGAUGGCUGGGUUGGGGGAGAUGAAGUCGAAGGCGGUGCAUGUUGAGAGGCUGCGAUCGAGGCAGGAGAGCGUGGCGCUGGGGAGGGAGGAUACGCUGCAGAGGGCUGCCUUGCGGGAUAGUUCUGAUCCGUCACGGUCGUCAGCAGAUGAAAUACGAACCGCUACUUGA